AUGGCGCUGCAGACUGUCACAUUCCCAAUUCUUCCGGUGGUGAAGACGCAUCUCAUCAUCAACAGCGUCCUCGUAGGAGCUGCCGUCGUCAUUGUCGGAUUCCGCGUGUUUGCACGCAUCGUGACCGGCGCAAAGCUUUGGUGGGAUGAUUACUUGAUACUUCUUUCGAUGCCCCUGGGCAUUGGCAUGCUUGUUAUCCAGGGCCUCUAUGCCCCGAUGGGAGUUGGACGCCAGAUUUCCGAGACGCAGCCAAAUCUAGUCAUCAUCUUGAAGCUGACCAUUGCAUAUGCGUUGUCAUACACAUCAUGCAUUACCAUUAUCAAACUCAGCAUCCUCUGUUUCUAUCUCCGAGUCUUUCCCAACAGCAAGUUGCGAAUCGCUACCCAGAUUGUGAUCGGUAUUGUCUCGUUAUGGGGCUUGGGCAGUGUCCUCAUGUUCUUCUUCGUCUGUCGGCCUUUCGAAGCGACCUGGAAUCCCCUUGUCGGGGGCACUUGCGCAGACCGAAUCGCGACAUUCCUCGCAGUCGGAGCUUACAACAUCAUAAGCGACAUCAUCAUCCUCACAUUGCCUUUACGCACAAUAUGGACGUUAAACACGAGGAGCCAAAUGAAGGUUGCGUUGACAAUACUCUUCUUGACCGGCUUGCUAGUGUCUGUCGUCGCCGUCUGUCGGAUCAUCACGUUGACGCAUCUCAACAUGGAUAAUGUAACAGGCACCAUGGUGUGGGCCGACUUUCUCUCGACCCUUGAGGCCAAUCUUGGCAUUAUUUGCGUGUCACUGCCGAUGCUGGGCCCACUGGUCGUGAAAUACACCAAAGGUCGAGGAGCGAGAAAGCUG